GCACAAUGUCGGGCGAGACCGAGACGAAGAAGCGCAAACACAGCACACUGGCUGACUCGCAGCGCAAGCACAUUGAAAAGCUUAUGCGCAAUGUCGACAAGGAGAUUGUGCUUCCUGGGCCAGCCAAGGUCGAGCUGAAGCCGCCACCUGAGAUUGUUCUGAAUGUGGGCGGAUCGAGUGCCGGCGCUGGCAGCAGUGACUUCCAUACAUACCGUGUGCUGCGGCGGAAAGAGAAUGCGCGCAUCAAGCUCAUGGAAUCCGAAGCCAAGGACGAGGAAGAAAAGGAGGCGUAUGAGCAGGAGCGCGAGGAGCUGAAGCGCAAGGACGAGGAAAAGACGGCCAAAAACCGUGCCAAGCGGCAAAAGCGCAAGCAUGGUAAAAAGCCCAAGAACACCAAGAGUGAAUAGACAUGUGUGUUUUUAGAAAGGAGCCUUUAUACAACAUGGAGGAAAGUGAAGUAAGAAAUU